CAAUGUCCUCAAGGCGCCACUCGCUAAGCGGUCCUCCCCAACUCACUUCCACCGCGUCGACUCACGAGCUCCGGCAACGAGUCAUUACGUGUCUCAACAAGCUCUCCGACAGGGAUACACUCGCAACUGCCACUUCAGAGCUUGAAUCCAUUGCUCGAACCCUAAGUCACGAUUCUUUCUCCUCUUUUCUCUCUUGCAUUCACAACACUGAUUCCUCUUCUAAAUCACCGGUUCGGAAACAAUGCGUUAAUAUUUUGAGCCUUCUUUCGCGUUUCCACGGUGAUGCUCUCUCUCCUUUUCUUUCUAAAAUGAUAUCCACCGUCCUCCGUCGUCUCCGAGAUCCUGAUACUGCUGUUAGAUCCGCUUGUGUUGACGCUGUUUCCGAAAUGUCGUCCCGCAUUACUCGCCCGGCGUUCUCCGUCGCGUUUCUGAAGCCGUUUAUGGACGCUUUGGCGCUGGAGCAGGACGCGAAUGUUCAGAUCGGCGCCGCGCUGUGUCUCGCCGCGGCUGUUGAAGCGGCGCCGGAGCUGGAAGUGGAAACGCUUCGAAGGACUGCGCUUCCGAAGCUAGGGAAGGUUCUGAAGACUGAAUCGUGUAAAGCGAAGGCGCCGGUGUUGGUGCUGAUCGGAAGUGUCGUUGCCGUCGGCGGUGCGGCGAGUCGUGGAGCGAUGAAUUGGUUGGUUCCGUGUCUUGUGGAGUUUCUAGGCAGUGAGGAUUGGAAUGUGAGAAAGGCUUCGGCGGAGGCGUUGGGGAAGGUGGCUUCGGUGGAGAAAGAUUUAGCGUCGCAGCAUAAGGUUCUGUGUUUGGAUUCGUUGCAGAAUCGUAGGUUUGAUAAGGUUAAAGUUGUUAGAGAAACUAUGAAUCGUGCGUUGGAUAUGUGGAAGGAAGUAAGUGAUUUUUCUGAAAAUAUUCCUGCUCCGUUAAAGUCUGCAUGUGCUUCAAAUGGCACAGAUGAUGGUAAAGGUCAAGCCGUGAUCAAAAGUUCACCCUUUGCUGGUAAUAAAUUGUCCCAACCGAAAAAAAUAGUCCCUUCAAAUAAGUCCCCUCCAUCUACAGUUUCGAUUUUAUCCUCUGGUAAAGGAGAGAGUUCUCUGAAGAGUAAUGACAAGGAUUCAAGAAUGAGGAUGUUGCAUCAGCAGGAUCAUGAGAAAUUAUCCAAUGAGAAACCUGAAACUCCAGUAUCAAAGUCCUCCUUUUCAAAUAUGACUAAGGAAAAUGAUAUUAGAAGGUGUGAUUUUGAAUCUUCUAAAUCAGCCCCACAUCAGAAUUCGGCAAAUUCGAGAGCUGAUGUAAAGCGAGUUUUCUUUAGCAAGAUGUCUGACGAGAAAAUGCGGAGGUAUGGUGGUUCAAAAUCUCGUGUAGUUCCAUAUAAUGAUGAUGGUGAUCUCGACACAGAUGUUACUGUCAACAAUGUAAACGAAAUUUGUGAGAGCCAACAAGAUGUUGAGGAUUUGUCUUUGAUCCGGGAACAACUUAUUCAAAUUGAAAACCAACAAUCAAAUCUGUUAGACCUCCUCCAGAGAUUUAUUGGAACCUCCCAAAAUGGGAUGAAUUCUCUGGAGACACGCGUACAUGGUCUAGAGAUGGCCUUAGAUGAAAUAUCAUAUGAUUUGGCAGUAUCAAGUGGUAGGAUUUCCAAUGCUGAUGCCAUAGAAGACAUGUGUUGCAAGCUACCUGGUACUGACUUUUUGAGUUCUAAAUUCUGGAAGAGGACCGAAGGUCGGUAUUCCACGUCAAGAUUCUCUAUUGGAAGCUCAGCAUCAACAAAUACUGUGCAUAAUUUAACUGAUAAAAAUGGAAGCAAAGAAAUUUUUACAAAUAACAAAAGAUUUCAGCAUCGUAGGGAUGAGGAUGGAUUUUUUGUGAACCCGUUGUCAGAAAUUCAAAGCGAUUUGAAGGGGCGUUCAGGGAAACAUUUGUAUAAAAUGUCUAACCACAUUGUUCAAGAUGCUGCUAGUGUACUAAGUAACAGUUCCAGCAGAUUUGAUGGCAUUUCGUCAACUAGUCAAAUACUGAGAAACCAGAAUGUCAGGUCAUCUGCGUAGAGAAGACAGCAUGUCAAUGGCAUCACAGACUCACGGUUGUUGGUCCAGGUUGCAGUACGCUAUAGUUGGCUACCUUAAGCGAUUAUUAGUAAAUUAUUGUUUAGAAAAUCCCUUUUUUCCCCUUCAAAAUUGUCCAUAUUGAGGCAGAAUCAGCAGCAUGUGGAUUCGGAUAUAAAACAGGCUCAAGAAUUUUCUUGAUGUGUAGCGUAAAUGUAGAAAUGUAAUGUAGACGUAAAUUUUCUUGAUGUGUAGCGUAAAUUUUCUUGUUAUGUAUCUUAAUUAUUAUAUUAUAGUAUUAUGUCUUUGGCCCUUUGCA